AUGAACCCACCCGUCAGCAAUGCUGUCCAGGGAGCAUAUGUCGUAGCAUGCGUUGGGACUGGGGCCAUUUUAGGAGGAGGCGCCAUCGUCUUCAAGGAGAUCACAGAAUGCCUUGGCUGCGCUCUGGGCGGGUUCUGUCUGAGCAUGUGGCUCUUGACGCUCAAGGAGGGCGGCCUCAUUGGCUCCACUGGCGGUAAGGCCGGAUUCAUUGCUGCUUUCACUCUCGUGGCUUUCUCGCUCUACUUCAGUCGCUUCACGAGGCAUUACUCUCUGAUCGGCUGCAUCGCGUUUGCCGGAGCGACCGCGACCGUCUUGGGGAUCGACUCUCUCAGCCGCGCUGGCCUAAAGGAGUUUUGGGCUUACGUCUGGGAUCUGAAUGACAAUCUAUUCCCUCUGGGUGCGGACACCUACCCGCUGACCAAGGGCAUACGUGUUGAGCUUGCGGCAACUGUCAUCAUCUUUCUGGCGGGUGUCGUGUCUCAGAUGAGACUUUGGAAAAUCAUCCAGGAGCAUCGGGCCAAGAAGGACGCAGCACACGCCGAAGAUGAGAGACAGCUACAACAGGAGGAAGAGAAUGUGGGGAGACAGAUCGAGGCUGCCAAUGCCCGGGAGAGGAACCGAUGGGAGGCCGUCUAUGGAGAGGGCGAACAAGGUCAGAGAAGCCUUAGCGCCUCCAAUGAUUCAGGAGUCGGUGACCUAGACAAUGAGAAGCGAAUGCGGCAUAGCAUUAGCACCACGGUGACACGGCGAACAUCGGGUGUGGACGAGCCUAUCGAAAUGUCUGAAAUGACGCACGACGAUAUGCCGCCUGAAGUGCCGCCAAAGUUCAAAACGCCAGCUGAGUCGGUGAUCAGCAGAGAUGAGAAAGCUGGAACAGUCACUGUUAGAGUUGCACCAGACGAUGUGCCUGAGGUUGUCAUCAAUGAACCCGCAGAGAGCGAGAAAAAGGUGUGGAUGGUAGGCUCAGAUGGAGAGGCCCGUCUAGUCAACAGGUCGUCAACUGGCAGUCUGGGAAGCAAAAGGGCAUCAGCCCAACCGGAAGUCGUCCCAUUACCCUUCACAAUCCCUGAAGAACGCGAUGACGACGAUCGCUCUUCGAUUGCCACCUUUGCAGACGACGAUGACGUCCGAAGCAAGCGAAGUUCUUUUGCUAACAGACUGUCAGUGGGCUCCGUGGAUCUUCUCCGGAGAUUGUCGCAGAGGAAGUCCCAGGGAAGUCUGAAACCUGAAGAGUCGCCGACCGUGACUCAAACGCCAGAAGAGAGCCAAGAAGAUCUCGUUCUUCCCAGAGCUAAAAAUGAAGACGAUAACGAUUCUCUUGCCGCGACCAUUGACGGGAUGAGCUCUACUGGCGACGAUGAUAUUACUGUCCGAGAUGAAAAGCAACCAAGGAAAAUUGAAAUAAAAGCUGAGCUCGCAGAUAAGGCAGGAGAUGAGGUUUCUGAUGUCACCAGCCCGAACAGUCCCGCAUUAUUGCAACUCCCAAGCAACGCAAAGGGGGUCGGCAAGAGACCUGUUUCUGCUUCUGAAAGCCUCGCGUCAGAAAUAGCCAAGUCUGCCAGUCCUCGGUCAUCACUAUCCGCUACAACUGAAGUGCAGAAGACUGAGGGCAUCUCAACAGAGAAGGGCAAAUCUGUAAGCGGCGCUGAGGUUGAGCAAGUUGAAUCCAAGAACGCAAAAUCGACUGCCUCUGUGGACUCGGCGCCUACAAGCCUGACAAAAGAUCGCCUUCCUCGAUCAUUAUCCCGAGUUGCCAUGUCUUACCGGACGAAUGAGUGGGCAAAGCAUCUCAGCAAUGCGGAGGCUCCAGAGCCAGAAAGCCUACAACUUUCUGAGGAGUCGAGAGAGACCAGCAAGUCCGAGGAUCAGGAAAAGCCUGCACCAGUAAUGGUGGAAGAGCUCCAACAGACGGCAGAUACUGGAGCACCUCCACCAGCUAUGCCAAGAUCUGCUACAACUUUAUCAAAUCAUGUAGCAUCUCCAACUAUGAUACGAUCAGACUCACGUGCUGCCGCUCAUCAGGCAGCCGCUGCUGCUCUCAACGGCCAGGGGCGGAUCACCGGUUCUGCGUCCUCGCCAACUACUAGUGGACCUGCAAAUCCAUUUGGUGGACAUACCUUUGCACAUAGGUCGAUGUCUACAAACCUCCAUCGGAGAACAUCUGGCGUCAUCGCGGAGCCCAUCGCUGAAGAGGGUGAUGUAGAGGUUUCGGGCAGUCCACCGGAAGCCAUCCAGGAAGAGGGCAACAGCUCCGGCGCCAACUCGAAGAACUCAUCGCCGACACCGUACGACGCGGCAGAUAUGCCUGGUUUCCGCCCUCCGGUUCCUGGAAUUGUGUCUUAUUCGAGCCCCCAAACUCUGCUAGGCAAGCGUGAGAUGCUUCUUCGAAACAAGUCAUACGGGUCAUUGGUUCGAGCCGACUCCUCCAUGUCCACACUGCCUAUGAUCCCUUCAGCUCCAGCAAGCGACGCGGGCUCCAUGCAUAACUACCCUAUGUAUGCUGCCGCACUCGGCGCCGCGAGCGGUCAGAGCCUAGUCGUCGACGCGGAUGACCUACCGCUCAGUCAGCGUCGCGAACUGAUGCGUCAGAAUAGCAUACUCAGCUCGUCCAGCUUGGUCUCACGCCCUUCGAGUGCCGUGCCCAAUCUACGGUCAGCAUCGGGCGUCUCGCUAUCGGCUAACGUCGACUCGACACCAUUCGACUCUCACCAGCCACAGCGCGUAUCCAAGCUCCCUACGCAAGCAGCGCGCACCGCCCAGCUCGCUAGCUUCCGUGAGUCGGUUGCUGCUGACUUGCGCACCGCAACGCCAACUGCUCAGAACGGCCUGGCAGCCACGGGACGUGAGACGCCUCUUGUCACAGGCACCGGUCUGCUGGGAGCCUCUACUCCAUCACUAGCUGUGCCGUACGGCGGGGAAAGCGACGUGCGGCAGAGCAUCGACGCGCAGCGAAGCUAUCUCCUUAACCAGAAACAAGCUGAGGCGCAACGCAGGGAGAUGGCGAGGUGGGAGAAAGAGCGCACCGACCAAGCGUUUGACGAGCGUAUGAGGCGUGGUGACCUCCUUGAGGCUCACCGCGACGCGCUACGGAGGAUGCAGAUGGCUGCCAAGGACACAAGGUAG